GCCGGAGUAACGGCGGCGCGUCCCGGUAGCGGCGGUGCUGAGCGGGGCUGAGGGAAGCUGAGCGCCGACCGUCGCCGCUCCGCGCUGCCGGUUGCCGAGAUGACGACGAUAACCUCUUCUAUAGGACGUACAGAAGCGGUCCGUCCCAGAAGGACAGAGGCACGCGAUGCUUCUGCUUUUGCCAGCCUCUUCACCCGUUUUACAGAAGACGUUUUUGGAAGGAUUGACGUAGCGUACCUUUUAGAAAAAUCAACUUUUGCUCUGACACUCUGCAAUGAGAAGAAUGAGGCUAUAGCCCACGCCAUCUUUCUUGACUAUCCAAAUUGGAAUAUCACUGAUCAGUCCAACUGGGAGUCAUUCUUAAAUAAAAACUAUGUUAACAACAAAUGCACUCCUUUGAACACUCUGUUCAUGCAUCUGUUUGUGGCAAAAGAGGAAUAUGCAGCUGGGUGUUCCCAAGAAAUCAUCAGGAGAGCUUUUAUUGCAAUACCAGAACUGCAGUUUAUACUUCUCUUCAUACCAGCUGAUGAGAAUUUAGGGCCAGGCUUGGAUGGUGUCUUUGAAAAGAUGAUGACUGCUCCAGGUUCAGCAGUGGAUAAAACCUUCACUUUGCUUGUAUGUCCCAGACAUCAGCAUCACCCACAGCUGCAUAUUCGCAAAGCAAGGUUGGAAGAUUUUGAUGAUCUCAUGCCAAUCUGGACGCGUCAGAAUGAGAUUCUGAAAGAAACCCAUAGUGAAUAUUUCCUUGCUGAUAUCAUAGCGUGUCAAGAUGAAGAAAAUCAAGCUGUUGUCUGUGAGGAUGGUGGCACUGUAGUGGGAUUCAUGAGCUUAUGCUCUCAAGUAGACAUUUCCUUGUUACGUGAGUCUUUUGAUCUACGGCUUUUCCAUGGACUCUGUAAACCACAUCCUGAAGAUGUUCUCGAAGUACCAAAGGAGUCAAGCAUUCCAGAAGAUGAAGAUAAAAGGAAUCAAAAAAGUCAGGAAGCAGAAACCGUUUCAUCUCAAAGCUUGGAAGACAUUAGUGAUGAAGAUGCAGCUGUGCAGAAAGAUGGAGUGAUUGCUGUUUCCCAUACUAAACUGCCCUUAGAUGAUGUCAUACACACCGAUUUUCAUGCCUCGCCUUCCUUCCUUGAGGCUGAAGAAAAAGAUACUUUUCAUCCAAUAUAUAGAGGAGCUUCAAAUGCUUUCUGUAUUCGUCUAUUUUGUAUUGAUGAGAAGUAUGAAACCAGAUCACUGGAUUUUUUGCAUUAUGUUUUCAAGCUUUUUCCAGACAAAGACUUCUGUAUCAUCCUUGUGCCACACUGUGUACCAGAGUUCUACCUGAUCCAGAGUUUUGUUCGAGUUGCCCCUUCCUGUACUUCCCAGUUUGGUCACGAGCUUUACGUGUUCCACCGUGCAGGAUUGCUCAAGUCUUUUAAUGUAAGAAGAGCAACAACCAAUGAUAUACUUGGAGUCAAAACGCUCAUUAAAACACUGACUUUGAAUGAAAGUAUAUUGAGUGACUUAAAUACAUUUAUUUUGGCUCGCAGGGAUCCAGAUGGGACCCCAGUACAGGCAUUUGUAGCAGAAGUUUUGGAUCAAAUAGUUGGCAUUUCUGUCGUUAGAGAUGAAAUGGACAUUGUGUAUAUUCAAACACAUUACAACAUCGAAGACUUUAUUCAUUUUAAUUACUACCAGCAAGAGGAACAUGGAGAGCUUUACCACUUUGUCCUAAAUCCAAUAUUUCGUCACUAUACCAAACACUUUCUAAAGGAAAUUCUUCGCUUGGCCCACAAAUCUUCUCUUUUCUACCCUGUUUAUCCACAGUAUGCAAAGGGCAAGUUUCAGAAUCCCUUUGCCCAUUCCCUGACAUCUGCCCUUCAUUACAUGGUUCCCGUGCGACCAAGACGACAGAUUGUCUAUCCUCUGGAAGAGCUUGGCAUAAACGCUCCAUCAGAGCAGGUCUCCAAGGAUCAGCCAAGGUAUUCUCUGAACCACAUAAAUCGAAAGCUGAUAAUGGAAUCUAAAGUGUCUGUCAACAGUAGAAUUGUGGUGGUCGGUGCAUCUGAUGUUGGGAUCUCAUUUCUGGAAACACUUGUUUUUUGUCCACACCUGAAAUUCAGCAAUCUGACCUUGAUUUCAACUCAUGGCCUUCCAGGAAAAGACCUACCAGGAUCCAAGCAUAGAAGAUUUUUAAUUCACAGCCACUGUUUUAAUGAUGAAGAUUAUGCACAGAUGUCACUUUGUUCCUGGGUUAACGUUGUGGUUGGUAAAAUGACUGGCAUAAAUCGCUCUGCCAAAUAUGUAGUUGUUUCCAAGGAGAGGAAAGUACCGUACGACUACCUUGUUCUCUGCACAGGACAGAACUAUCAGGUUCUGUCCCCUACUGAAGCAGAUAUCAGUACAUUUGCAACUAAUAAAGAAGUUACCAGUAAACGGCCACAAAGAUACACAGGGAAAAUUCCUUCCAAUCAUUUUACUCUCAAUGAUGAUCAGGAUUGCUUAAAGGCAAUGGAAUGGCUGAAGGAAAAUUUUAUCAACUCAGAAGGGAACAUCAUUGUCUACGGGAAUACAAUUGACAUUUACACCACGGUAGAAACCUUCUUAUCUCUGGGAAUCGAUGGUUCUCGCAUCCAUCUCGUGCAGCCUCCACUCAGCUCAAACGUUACUUGCCUUAACAACAACGAAAUCGAAAGUGCUGUUCAGGAGGCUCUGUCAGAGGCUGGCGUGUCUGUUUAUUAUGACAGUAUCCUGGCACAGUGGAGCAAAGGCGACGACCCAGACCUCAUCACACGCGCUGCUUUCACUACUAAUAGAAAACCGUUCCAAUUGCAGUGCUCAGCAUUUUUCAGCUUUGCCUACAAGAGAGUGGAUUAUGAAACCUUCAAGGCAGUUAAUGAUGCUUGCCUUGUUUUUGAUGGAAAGCUUGUGAUUGAUACUGAAUUCCGCACUAAUGAUGUCAGUAUCAGGGCUGCAGGUCCUUUAACAAAGUACUCCAGGAGAUAUUAUGCAGAUGAAUGGACACACAGCAACUUCAAUUCAAAACAGAUUGGCUUUGAACUUGCUGCAUCUAUGUUGAGUCUCUUUGAUCCAACCCUUCAGCCCUUUUCGAAGCCACCAGAAGACACAGAUAGCCUCAUCCCCAUGUAUAAGGGUUGUAAAAUUCAAGGAGGUGUUCUUCCCAGAGGCUAUAAUUACUUGCACAUUUCCAAACCAGAAGUCCCCAUCCGCUUGGACUUAGUACUGGCACUGUCUGAUCAUGGAACAGAGAUUGUAACUGGAAAAGCAAGAGAUGGGAAUUAUUUCAGAAUGCACAUCAACAAAUACAGUAUGGUAGAUAGCAUCACCUGCUUUUCAAAGGAGCCCCUUCCUGCUUCCAACUAUAUUUGCUUGUAUGGACAGCAUGAGCGUCUUCUUAAUGACCUCUCUUAUCGCUGGGAUGAAGGGCAGAUCACAGACCUUUACAGCUACUUCAGGGAGCCGUGGUCCAUGGCCAUCUAUCACGACCGCUUUAUCGAUCUCCAGAAGGAGCUGCGCCAGAUCCUGCUGUCAGAGCAGGUUCCCCCGGAGCGACAGACCGAGGACAGCCCCGUCCCGCCGCCGCUCGCGGCCCCGGCCGUGCGCUACCUGCUGCGGCACGGCGCGCAGCUGCCCAUGUACGCCCGCGGCCGGCCGGCAGGUUUUAACUUUUAUACCUGGAAAUAAACCACGUGACCUUAACCCGUCCGCCCGCGCCGCCGACAGCUCUCACUCCUAGAUGCAAUCUCUUUUUCUACACACAUUAUUUUCGUACCUGUUAGCUAUUUAUAGAGUUGCUUCGAUAGGACUGUUUCGACUGUAUAAUUAUUUACUAUUCAAAUAAAAGUAUUUUCCAAUUCA